UUCAUCCGAGGGAAAUAAAUAAAGCGUCAGUCAUGGGUCGCAAAAUUGAGUCAAAUUUGAUGCUUAUUUUCUAAGAGAAAAUGUAGAUUUACGAUUUCUUACGCGAACAGGAAGCCAACUGGGCUGAGGUCGCGUGCUCUGUAAUCACCUCGACCUAACCCUUCCUCUGGCACUAAAUUGGUUAGAAAUCCGUCGCCUGUGCUUGCGUUUGAUUGCCAUGGGUUCCCAGGAGGAGGAUCGGCUGCUACUCGAAGGCAGGCUCUUGGAGACCGGAAGUGAAGGGCUCUACACUGGGGAUGGGUCCGUUGACAUCAAUGGCAAUCCUGUAAUGAAGCACAAAACAGGAAAUUGGAAAGCAUGCCCUUUCAUCCUAGGAAAUGAAUGUUGUGAACGCUUAGCCUACUAUGGUAUUGCUACGAAUCUUGUAACUUAUCUAACCAAAAAACUACAUCAAGGAAAUGUAUCAGCUGCAAGAAAUGUUACAACUUGGCAAGGAACCUGCUACCUUACCCCCCUCAUUGGUGCUGUUUUAGCUGAUGCAUAUUUGGGGAGGUACUGGACCAUUGCAGUUUUUUCAACUAUAUACUUCUUUGGAAUGGCCACACUGACACUUUCAGCAUCGGUUCCACAAUUGAAACCUCCUGCUUGUAUAGAUUCUGUAUGUCCAGAGGCAACUGCAAUCCAGUAUGCUGUAUUUUUCCUGGGUCUUUAUCUAAUUGCAUUAGGCACUGGCGGCAUCAAACCCUGUGUUUCAUCAUUUGGAGCUGAUCAGUUUGAUGAUAGUGAUUCACAGGAGAGAGUUAAAAAGGGCUCUUUCUUUAAUUGGUUUUAUUUCUCAAUCAACAUUGGUGCUCUCAUUUCUAGCAGUUUUCUGGUAUGGGUACAAGACAACUGUGGCUGGGGCCUUGGAUUUGGUAUCCCAACAUUGUUCAUGGGAAUUGCAAUCGGAAGUUUUUUUUCUGGAACAUAUCUUUACAGGUUCCAGAGACCAGGCGGAAGUCCACUUACAAGAGUGUGCCAAGUUGUUGUUGCCUCCAUUCGAAAGUGGAAUGUAAAGGUUCCCUUUGAUAGCUCCCUCUUGCAUGAACUCCCUGAUAAGAGCUCAGCUAUUGAAGGCAGUCGAAAACUGGAGCACAGUGAUGAGCUUAAGUUUCUUGACAAGGCUGCUACUUUGUCCUAUGUUGAUGGAAAAACAGAAGAUUUUUCCAAUCCAUGGAUACUCUGCACUGUAACCCAGGUGGAGGAACUGAAGAUUUUGGUUAGGAUGUUCCCAAUUUGGGCUACUGGAAUCGUUUUUUCUGCUGUGUAUGCCCAGAUGUCAACCAUGUUUGUUGAACAGGGUAUGGUCCUCGAUACGACCAUUGGAUCCUUCACCAUACCUCCCGCAUCCUUAUCAACAUUUGAUGUCAUAAGUGUUAUCGUGUGGGUUCCGAUCUACGAUAGAAUCCUUGUGCCAAUAACUCGAAGGCUCACUGGAAAAGAGAGGGGUUUCUCUGAGCUCCAAAGGAUGGGCAUUGGCCUCUUCAUUUCUAUACUGGCAAUGGCUGCUGCUGCUUGUGUUGAGAUUAGAAGAUUAAAUAUUGCAAAAGCUGAAGAUUUGAUCCAUGUAAAAGCUGCGGUGCCAAUGAGCAUCUUGUGGCAAAUUCCUCAGUUCUUCUUGGUGGGUGCAGCAGAGAUAUUCACAUUCAUUGGGCAACUAGAGUUUUUCUAUGAUCAAUCUCCUGAUGCAAUGAGAAGCCUCUGCAGUGCACUCUCACUUUUGACAACUGCGCUCGGGAACUAUUUGAGCUCUUUUAUACUAACCAUUGUGACGACUGUGACUACCAGGGGAGGGAAGCCUGGAUGGAUUCCUGAUAACCUCAAUGCGGGGCAUCUUGAUAACUUCUUUUGGCUUCUUGCUGGACUUAGCUUUCUGAACAUGCUGGUUUAUGUCUUCUGUGCCAGCAGGUAUAAAUGCAAGAAUGCUACUUGAGAUUUGGACUGACAGACUGGAGUUGAAAGUGUCAGUAUUCUGUGUGUAAAAGAAUGUAAGUAAGUUGAUGUUAUCCGGUUUGUUAUUUUUCAUUUUUAAACUAUUCCAUAACGUCUGAAGGUUUAAACUUAUAUAGUUAUGUAUACUUUGGGUUAGUGCUAUGUUGGAAUGGCUCUAAA